GUUUUGUUGUUCGAUUCUGGCUGCAACUAACUUUCAGUGCGCAACUAACUUACAGUGAGCACACGUACCAGGUCCAAACGCACAUGCACCACCCAAUGCUUCAUGAACAGCUGAAGCCGACACGUUCAUAUCGAUUGACAUCUCAACACCCAACACCUUGAAUCCCUAUCAGCGAAGAGCCCUUCCUUGCUUGUUCCCUGGAGUGGACGCUCACAGCCCUCUCCCUCUCCCUCAGCCAGUCAGCGACCUCCUCUGCCGGCCGUCGCUCCGCCGGACUGGCUGCUACUAGCGAUGGUCGGUGGUCUUGUCCGAAUGAUUCCACUCAUGAAUUGGCCCACCCAGUUCCGCAAUCCUCUGGUCUCCCGCUCUGUCACACGCUGGGCUGCCCACUCUUGGUAGCUGAGCCUCGGACCUCCAAAUACUUCAGCGAAGCGUCGAAUGGGGCUUCCGCAACUGGACUGCUGGGGGCUGUUUGUGCAAUCCAGCCGAAAUAUCGUUGAGGGGUCGUCGGCAAGGGGGUCGUCCACGUAGUCCAAUCCAAAGAGCCCCUCCAUCGCCAGCUCGACCUCGAGGACUCUGCUGGUUGUGAUGGCCUGCAGCUGGCUGGCCACUUGUGUGGCGGUGGGGCGCAAGGCGGGGUCGAGGUGGAGCAUGCUGGUCAGCAGAAGCCGAAGGGGAGCGGGAAUGAAUGAAGGCAGAGGCAGCAGGGGAUGGCGAUUCUCUGCAUUCACAGAGAGACACCACACCAACGGGAAGUAUGAGAAUGGGUGAGCCCUCUUGGCGCGACGUUUCUUACUGGUCCGCUGUUGACAUCGGAAGAGGUCUUGCAGAAUGCGGCCACACGCAUCGACAUCGGCAGCCCUGCCCACAAAUUCUCCUCUGCCCUCCCUCUGGGCAAAGUCAAGCCCCCCCAGCAGCAGCCUCUUGCCGUCCUUCGACAGCUUGAUGGCAUCUGCCGUCAAAUAGCCAUGAGCUAUACCCUGAAAAAACACACAAAAGGCAGAAACAAGCGUAAUGUCUUUACUUCUCUCUCUCUUCCUCUCUGUCCACCACCCAUGGCUUACGCUCUUGUGCAUGUGGGCCACGGCGUCGAUGAGUUGUGUCGCGAUGCUCAUGGCGAGUGGAAGCCCGACAGCUCGGCCGUUGUGGCGGCCGAUGAAGUCCUCCAGGGACUCCGAGUCCGCCAUGUACUCCAUGACGAGAACAGGCUGGCCGAGCUCCUGGUAAGCCCCUACCAGGCCGGCAAUGUUGGGGUGCUCCCCCAUCUCCAGAAGCAGCGACAGCAUCUAAAGCAGGCAACACAACACAAAGGACAGAGAGAACUGAUUGGGAGACGGCUCUAUUUUGAUGCCUCACUAUGCACAGACGGCUACCUGUGUCGCACUGUUCCGGCCGCCCACGUUGCUGCCGUCGACCUGCUGGUAGACCGUCAUCUCGACGGUCUCCCUGCACACAGACAUUCAACACGCAUCCAACAGACACAUACGGGGCCCACAUGGAUGCGGUCUCUGUGUGCAUCGGAUCUUCCUCACCGCAGGUUGCCGGGCCUGCUCAUGAGCCCCACCAUCUUGGACGUCCAUCCCUGGUCGUCGUCGAUGGCGGGCUGGGCAGGCAGCGGCAUCACCUGCUGGGGCUCGCAGGGCGGCAGGAGGGCUCGGUGGGUGGCCAGAAACUGGCCGAAGCCUGGACACACAGACACAUGGACGAGGAUACGAGCGUGAUCCAUCUCCAUUCCUUCCCUAUUUGGCUUACCCCUCGAUGUGGGGCUGCCCUCUUGUGGAUUGUGGGGGAGGGGGAUGGAGGGGAGGGGGCUGGGGAGGGGGGGAAGCACGGGGGGGCAGGGAGGCGCGAGGUCCUGCUCGAGGACGGCGGGAGCUGUCGACAUCGUGGUUUUGGG